GCCGGACCAUUCCACUUGAUCAUUGAAUCAUACCAACAUCCUGCCGGAAUGAGUGGUCACAGAUCAGUGACUAUGUCCCAUUGCGUUGAUGUUCCACAAUUUCAGCAGCCACAAGAAAACGAGCUCGUCACCGUCAGCUUCAGCUUCAGCUCCAGCUCGCCUUAACAAAUCGUGCUCUGAAUGCACGAGGCGAAAGGUCAAAUGUGAUGGUGGUCAUCCUUGUAGCUCCUGUACGUACUACAAGGUUUCACACCUAUGUAGCUAUCGCCAGCGUAAUAAGAGGAAUGCCGUAAGCAGAAGCACGCUCGAGGAGGUAUCGGAACAGCUUAGAUCACGGUCCAAGAUUCUCGAACAACUCUUUCCUGAUACAGCUGUUGAUGAGCUUAUCGGUAAGAGUCGCGAUGAAUUACUAGGUAUUCUCCGUAUUACCUCUGUGUCUAAAGCGGCAGCCGAUGAGUUGGACGGUCGCUCUGUUGAGGAUCCCGAAGUCGCGGAUGAUUCAGCUCAGUUGUCUGAGAAUGGAGAGCCUACCGCUGAUAGAGAAUGGGACGAAUCAAGCCACCAGCCACUUGUGCUACAGGCUGGCGAUGAUAUCAACGCCAUCAAUCUCGCAACGGAUCAUCAUCGCCGCUCUUAUCUAGGAGUCACUUCAAUUAGUGCCAUCCUUCGAACAAUUUUUCGACUCUGCCCUCCUGCGAAGCAUCGCGUUACUGAGCAGGCUAAAAGGUGGUCUGAGAAUCCAAUGCAGCCUCAGCCUACACCCUUCUUGGGUGGUGACUUAGGAGCCCAUCUAUUAAAGGAGCAACGUUGUAUCGAUUUCUACUUCGAGCAUGUCCAUCCAAUUGUUCCCAUGUUAGAUGAGGAAGAUUUUCGUGCGUCAUACUCCCUAGGGCAUAGAAAAGAGCCUGGUUGGCUUGGCCUACUCAAUAUGGUGAUAACCAUUGGCUCUAUAGCUUCCGGAAGCGACACGCUGCACGAGCAAUACUAUGAACAGGCUCGAACGUUCGUUGAUCUCGAUAGCUUUGGUGCAGGAAACCUAGAAAGCUUACAAGCCCUUUGCUUACUUGGCGGCCUGUAUUUGCAUUAUAAAAACGCUCCAAAUAUGGCCUAUUCCGUACUAGGGGCUGCGCAUCGCGUUGCUAUCGCUUUAGGAUUGCAUCGGGAAUCGCGACGUCGGUGUACCAACGCCGCGGAAGCCCAAGGUGAUCUGACACCGACCAAAGUGAAUCGGCUUGAAACGAAGCGAAGAACUUGGUGGAGUCUGUUCUGCCUUGACACGUGGGCUAGCAUGACUCUGGGCCGUCCAAUAUGUGGACGAUGGGAGGCUACAACGAUGGAUACUCUCCUUCCUAGUCACCGUACUGAGGAUGAUCAUAUGGCGAUGUCCCUAUGCGCUAGUGUCCAUUUCUGCCUCAUCUGCAACCGAAUCCAAAGUCGAUUCGCGCAGUUCAAUCGGUUGACGAUCUCCGAAGCUGUGGCUUUCGAUCAGGAAUUGCAAUCAUGGUGGGCAUCUCUUCCUAUGGUACUUCGAUCGCCAACGAACUCCCCAUCACGCCUCACCAUUGCCCGCGAGUUCAUGCGAAACCGUUAUUUGAACAUACGUUUGAUACUCAUGCGUUCGCUCAUAUUAUAUCUUGCUCAUAGCCGUAUUCAAAUGGCCCAGCUUAGUAUAGAAGAACUCCAGAUCAUCGAUAGUUGUCGAACCGUUGCGAGCGAGGCCAUCGAUUCUAUCGCCCUCUACUGGACGCCGAACCGAGUACACGUUUGGAAUUCGGCGUGGUACCUGUUUCAAGCCUGCAUGGUUCCCCUUCUGUCCAUCGUAAUUGAAAGCUCACGGUCUGAUCCAACUUCCAAGUCUUUAACCUCAGCUCGCGCAAGCUUGGUAAAAGCCCUAGAGACCUUCUCUGAGAUGAAACCGUGGAUGCGCGCUUCCGAUAGGGGACCAGAUAUAGUCGCCGCGAUAUAUGACGCAAUCACCGGCGAAGCUGAAGGCGCCGGGCGAACACCAUCGCAAGAUGGAGACUCGAAUUUCUUCGGCUGGUAUGAUGAACAACUCACAUUUGGUACCGAGCUGGAUUGGGGCUCAUUUUUGAUGGACGAUGACCUUCAUGGGACUUUAUUCACAACUCAAAUUCAAUAAACCCAACCUGGAGUUACUAGACGAUUAGAAUACCACUACGCUUAAGUUCAUGCAGCGAAUCAUAAGCCAUCCUGUAAAUUAUGGGAUCUUCAA